AUGGCACCCUCUCUUCAGAACAGUCUCGCGCUCCUUCCGCUGUUGGCAUCAAGCAUGGUCGGCGCCUCGCCGUUGACGCCGCGAGCCGACACGUGUGCGACAAAAGGGAGACCUGCCGGGAAGGUGGUCCAAGGGUACUGGGAGAACUGGGAUGGCGCCAAGAACGGUGUUCACCCGCCAUUUGGCUGGACACCAAUCCAAAACCCCGACAUUCGCAAGCACGGCUACAACGUCAUCAACGCUGCUUUCCCCAUCAUUCUGCCCGACGGCACUGCACUCUGGGAGGACGGCAUGGACACGGACGUCAAGGUGGCGACCCCCGCCGAGAUGUGCCAGGCCAAGGCGGCGGGAGCUACCAUUCUGAUGUCGAUUGGUGGCGCUACCGCUGCCAUCGACCUGAGCUCGUCCGCUGUUGCCGACAAGUUUAUCUCCACCAUCGUGCCAAUUCUGAAAAAGUACAACUUUGACGGCAUUGACAUUGACAUUGAAGCCGGUCUCACGGGCAGCGGAAACAUCAACACCCUGUCCACCUCGCAAGCCAACCUGAUCAGAGUUAUCGAUGGCGUUCUUGCGCAAAUGCCUUCCAACUUUGGCUUGACCAUGGCACCGGAGACUGCAUACGUCACCGGCGGCAGUGUUACUUACGGAUCUAUCUGGGGCUCCUACCUCCCCAUCAUCAAGAAGUACCUUGACAACGGGCGUCUCUGGUGGCUCAACAUGCAGUACUACAACGGUGCCAUGUACGGUUGCGCCGGCGAUUCAUACGAGGCUGGUACUGUCAGUGGCUUUAUUGCCCAGACCGACUGCUUGAACAAGGGUCUUACUGUGCAGGGUGUGACAGUCAAGAUUCCCUACGACAAGCAGGUGCCCGGUAUUCCCGCUCAGCCUGGCGCUGGCGGCGGCUACAUGUCCACAUCGAACGUGGCGCAGGUUCUGUCUCACUACAAUGGUGCUCUGAAGGGAUUGAUGACUUGGUCUCUGAACUGGGACGGCUCCAAGGGGUGGACAUUUGGCGAUAAUGUUAAGGGAACUCUGGGAACUGCUUAA